AAUCUGGAGGUCCCGUCGCGCCCCAUGUGCCACGCUGAGCCGGAAGGGGAGGAGGAUUGCAUGGCGGCGAAUGGCGGAACGCUGACCUUCAACCACACGCACAUGAGGAAAGCCUUCCAGCUCAUGAAUGACCUCAGAGGAAAGAAGAUGCUUUGUGAUGUUCAGCUAAUGGCGGGAAGCGUAACGGUUGCUGCACACCGGGUAGUCUUGGCGGCCUCCAGCCCUUACUUCUGCGCCAUGUUCACAGGCGACAUGAGCGAAAGCAAGGCCCAACAAGUGGAGAUUGGCGAGGUUGACGGCACCACGCUGACAAAGCUGGUUGACUACAUCUACACUGCUCAGAUAGAAGUCACUGAAGACAACGUUCAGGUUCUCUUGCCAGCCGCCAGUCUUCUCCAGCUAAUGGACGUCCGGCAGGCAUGUUGCGACUUUUUGCAGUCCCAACUCCAUCCUUCCAACUGCUUGGGCAUCCGAGCCUUCGCAGACAUGCACACGUGCACGCAGCUCGUUGCGCAGGCGCACGCAUACGCCGAACAGCAUUUCUCCGAAGUGGUCCAGUGUGAGGAGUUUGCGUCACUGUCUCUGCAGCAGGUCUGCAGCCUAUUCUCCAGUGAUAAGCUCACCGUGUCCACUGAGGAAAAAGUGUUCGAGGCGAUGAUUUGGUGGAUCAAACAGGACAAAUGCACACGUGUGGAGCACAUGCCCAAACUGAUGGAGCAUGUCCGCCUGCCGCUAUUGUCCAGAGACUACCUGGUUCAGAUUGUGGAAGAAGAAGCUCUCAUCAAGAACAACAACACCUGCAAGGACUUCCUCAUCGAGGCCAUGAAGUACCACCUGCUUCCCGCCGACCAGAGGCACCUCAUUAAGACGGACAGGACGCGGCCGCGCACGCCGGUCAGCAACCCCAAGGUUAUGAUCGUAGUGGGCGGCCAAGCCCCCAAAGCCAUCAGCAGCGUCGAAUGCUAUGACAUUCAAGAAGAUCGAUGGUACCAAGUCGCCGAGAUGCCAUCGAGGCGCUGCCGAGCAGGUGUGGUGUCUGUGUCCGGCCAGGUGUACGCGGUGGGCGGCUUCAACAGUUCCGUGCGCGAAAGGACGGUGGACGUGUACGACGGCGCCAGAGAUCAGUGGAGCCCGGUGGCCAGCAUGCAGGAGAGACGCAGCACGCUGGGGGCGGCCAGUUUGGGAGGGCUGCUCUACGCCGUGGGGGGAUUUAACGGCAACAUCGGUUUGUCCACAGUGGAAGUGUACAAUCCAAAAAGUAACGAGUGGACUUACGUGACGUCCAUGAACACGCGGCGUAGCAGUGUGGGUGUGGGCGUCAUUGACGGUAAAUUAUAUUCUGUCGGGGGUUACGACGGAUCAUCCCGCCAGUGUCUCAGCACAGUGGAGGAAUACGACCCGAUCACCGAUCUAUGGAGUUACGUCGCCGACAUGAGCACACGACGCAGCGGAGCUGGUGUGGGGGUCCUGGGCGGGCAGCUGUAUGCGGCCGGCGGCCACGACGGACCCCUGGUGAGGAAGAGCGUGGAGGUUUACGACCCACCCAGCAACACGUGGAGACCCGUUUGCGACAUGAACAUGUGCCGCCGCAAUGCCGGCGUGUGCGCCAUCAACGGCCUGCUCUACGUGAUCGGAGGCGACGAUGGGUCAUGCAACCUUUCCUCGGUGGAGUUUUAUGACCCAGCCUUGGACAAAUGGAGUCUCAUUCCCACAAAUAUGAGCAACGGGCGCAGCUACGCCGGAGUCGCAGUCAUCGACAAGCCGUGCUGA